AUGACCGUCCACAAACCCUCGGUCUACGUUCUAGACCCCUACCACCCCGAUGCCAUCGCAGCACUCCAAAACUCCCCCGACAUCACCGCCAUUCUUCCCACAGAUCCAUUCAAAAACACAUACCCUGAAAAUGCCACAGCAAUCAUGCUCCGCAGCGAAACACGCUUAGGCAAAAACGAACUCUCCCAGUGCAAAAACCUCAAAUUCAUCGUCAAGCAAGGUGUUGGUGUCGAUAACAUCGAUCUCAAAGCUGCAGCCGAACAUGGGAUCAAAGUAUACAAUACACCCGGUCUCAACAGCGAAGCAGUCGCUGAGCAUACUUUCGCUCUAGCUCUCACUCUAGCGAGACGAGUUGCUGAGAUUGAUCGCAGGACGAGAGGCGGAGAGGCUAUUGUUCGCAGUCAAACGCUGGGAAAGAGUUUGUAUAAAAAGACUCUUGGUGUUGUUGGAAUGGGAAAUAUUGGGUUUGCUGUUGCGAAGAAAUGGGUCGGUGCUAUGGAAGGAAACAUCAUUGCGUAUGAUCCGUUUUCAGAUGGAAAGCACUGGCGAAACACUUUUGGAGAAGGUUUCACUCAAGUUUCUUCCCUACAUGAUCUUCUCAAAGCAUCAGAUGUAGUAACACUACACAUCCCACUAACCAGCACAACUACAAACUCCAUCUCAACAGCAGAAUUAGAGGUCAUGAAAGACGGGGCUAUUAUACUUAACUGCUCUCGUGGAGGGAUAGUAGAUGAAGAUGCUCUUUUGGUAGCGUUGAAGAGUGGGAAGUUGUUUGGUGCUGGGUUGGAUGCUAUGGUUACUGAACCGCCUACUAUGGAGGCGUAUCCUGAAUUGUUGAGUUUGCAGAAUGUGGUUGUUACGCCGCAUGUUGGGGCGAGUACAAUGGAGAAUCAGAGUCAGAGUGGGAGAGCGGUUGUUGAUGUUGUUCUGGGAUUGUUGAAGGGGGAAGACAAGGGCAAUAGAGUAGCUUAG